UUUUGCCAAACUCUCUUCCUUUCCUUUGUUGUUGAAACAAAAAACUGCAAUAGACAUGGGGGACCAAACCUUACCCAUGCCAAAACCAAAAUAAAUGCCAAGAAAGUUAACAAUAUCUAAUGUAAGCAAGUCUUAAUUUAUCUACUACCUCCGUCCCAUAUUUAUCUUCAUAGUUCGGUUUACGAUGCUUGACUGACGAUAAAGCAACUCGAUCCCUGUUCACACUCGGAUUAUUUUUAGUAAAUAAAAUUUACAUAUUCAGAAACUACAUUAAAACCGCUACAAAGCCUGAUCAAGAAAAUUUAAGUUUGAUAAAAAUUUGAUAUAUAAAGUAAAAGAUUAAGAGUAAUUUGAGUUGACCAUGUGAAUAGUAACUAUGAAGAUAAUUUUGGGACGGAGGGAGUAUUAAAAUUGAUUUAUGAACCCGAUUAGGAAGCUCAGCAGAACAAAAAUAGGAAAUAAACUCCUCCCCAUCAGGAAAGCACCUCGACAUGAAAUGGGCAGACCAAUUUGCUUCUCGAUAAACGUGUCUGAACACAACCAACCCCUCAUCUGACCACUGCUUCAAAUCUUCCACCAUCUUCCUCCAUCGACCACCUAAACAACUAUCUGACAGCAUAGAGAUUACCAUCUAUGAAUCCGUUUCAGCCUCAAAGCUACUAUGCCCGAGUUCAAUGGCCCAAGAGACAGCAGAAUGUAGCGCCAUAAGCUCCGCUUCAUUUGGGAGUUUGCAUCUAAUGGGAAGUGACAACCAGCUGAAAACUCCCCGGUCUGGGAUCGCAACACCGCACCACCCGCAGACCUAACUUCAGAAAAGGAAGCAUCCACGUUUAAUUUGAAAGCCAACCCAGUUAGUUUGAUGCCUCCUUGGCAUCGGUUUUAAGAAUCGAUCGAGCGUAGCGGCAGAGCAAUGGAAGAGGAAGAAGGCGGAUGUUGUAGGAAAGAGCGAGUCCAAGAAAACGAGCAGGUGGGCAGUAUUACCGUCAAGUAUGGAGAGCGAGUGGACGGAAAUCAUGGUCAAAUAUGGGUAGCAAAUGGCUAAUUUCGGAAGGGAGCUCCUCAGGAGGUGGCAAGCACGCAUCAAGCUUCGUGAGGUUAAUGCAGGAGAUGCACUCGGAUGGGGCGGGAGAGAGCACUCAAGCUGGAAUGUGGAAUUCUAUGAACUCAGGUGACACACAAGAGGAAGGAGUGUCAGGAGAGCUGAAGAGAAGACGCACUUGGGAGGACAAGACCAGGGAGGAUGCUGCAAAGGAUGGUAUGGCGCUACAUUCCCCAAAAAACGGGGUUGGGGCAGGCGCUGGACUCCAGCCCCGCCAGAUGAUCUGAUGUUGGUUGAUAUGCACUAAUUAGUAGUGCAUAAAUGUAUAUUUUUAUGUUUGAUUUGUG